GUGGACCUUCACCUAUGUGUUAUUUUGACCCAGGAUGUUCCGCUUGCGGGCACUGUCCGCAGUUUCGGUGGGGCUCGCGCAGCUGUCUCGGCGUUAUCACAGCGGGGCAGUGCGAGAGUCUGGCCGGAGAAGGCUGAUGCUGGCAGCCCUAGCUGGGGUAACUGGUGUGUCUGCUAGUGCUGGACUGCUCUGGAAAAGAGCUUAUGCAGAUGCAGGUUCUUCUGUUCGACACUCUGAACAGCCAGUUGGAGAGGAACCGGAUUUUGGGAGACAUGCAGAUUCCGAAACAGAGUCAGAAAAAUCCGUGGAGGCCAGCAGUGGAGAUGAUGAUGAAAAAGAUGAAGGUGGAGAGAAAAAAAAGAAGCAACGCUCUGGAUUCCGUGACCGCAAGGUGAUGGAGUAUGAGAACAGGAUACGAGCCUACUCAACUCCAGACAAGAUUUUCCGCUACUUUGCCACGCUGAAGGUCAUCAAUGAGCACGGCGAUGCUGAGGUUUACAUGACGCCUCAGGACUUCAUACGCUCUAUCACACCUAAUGAGAAGCAGCCAGAGAAUCUAGGCCUGGAUCAAUUCAUUGUGAAGCGCUAUGAUGGAAAGGACUUCUGGCAGAUGGAGAAGAUUGCCCAGGAGAGGGAGAAGUUUGCAGAUGAGGACAGCAUAUUUUACACACUGGGAGAAUGUGGCCUUAUCUCCUUCUCUGACUACAUCUUUCUCACCACUGUGCUGUCAACUCCUCAGAGGAACUUUGAGAUAGCUUUCAAGAUGUUUGAUCUGAACGGCGAUGGAGAGGUGGACCUGGAAGAGUUUGAACAGGUCCAGAGCAUCAUUCGUUCCCAGACCAGCAUGGGCAUGCGACACCGCGACCGCUCCACCACAGGAAACACCCUGAAGACAGGCGGCUGCAGCUCCGCUCUCACCACAUACUUCUUUGGAGGGGAUCUGAAGGGCAAACUCACCAUUGGCAGUUUCCUGGAGUUUCAAAGGAAAUUGCAGCAUGACGUGCUUAAACUAGAGUUUGAGAGGAACGAUCCCGCGGAUGGCAGAAUCACUGAGAGGCAGUUCGGAGGUAUGCUGCUGGCCUACAGUGGUGUCCAGUCACGUAAACUCAAGCAUAUGCAGAAGGGGUUGAAGAAAAUGUUUAAGGAUGCACAGGGCAUCACAUUUGAGGAGGUGGAGAACUUCUUUACUUUCUUGAAGAAUAUAAAUGAUGUGGACACAGCUCUGAGUUUCUAUCAUAUGGCUGGAGCUUCCAUUGAUAAAGUCACCAUGAAGCAGGUGGCCCGCACUGUAGCAAAAGUGGAGCUGUCGGAUCACGUGUGCGACGUAGUGUUCGCGCUCUUUGAUUGUGAUGGGAAUGGGGAGCUUAGUAAUAAGGAGUUCAUAGCCAUCAUGAAGCAGCGGCUCAUGCGUGGGCUAGAGAAACCCAAAGACAUGGGCUUCACUCGCCUUGUGCGUGCCAUGUGGAAGUGUGCCCAGGAUACCGCUUGGGAUUUUGCCACACCAAAGGCAUAAUUUAACAGGAGACAAGUUGCAAUUGAGACCGGAAGACAGCAGUUCCAGCUAUCAGUAUUGGGACCGAAGCAUCCUGCUGCAGUGCACCGUGUCCUGAAAGGCUUCUCUAAUGUGCCAGUCUGAGGCAUCGUGGGUGUUUGUAUAUCUGAAAGUAUACAAAGUUUGUAUUUUUUUUUUUUUCAUAUUUUAUAAAGGAAUGCAGGAUCAUGACCAGAAUAUUGCAACUCUGUCAAAUGCUAAAAACAUCACUUUGCUAUUCCAUAUUUAACUCAUUUUACGGCAAACGGGCAACACAAGAAGAUGAAUCAAUCUGAUCUGACCUUCAGUUGUAUACAGGCUGCAGUCUGUUCUGUGCUGUUAACAGACCCUGGAUGUUUCUUUGGUGGGGAAAAAGUCUGUAAUGUCUUUAGCACCUCUUCAUUCAGUCUGCAUCUUUAUAAUGUCCCAUAAAAGAUUACCUAUGCUUGUCUCACUCUGCCUUGUACUGUUCAAAGUAUGUGUUCUUAGCAUUAUUAUUCCUCACAGAAACACUUUAUAUAUGAUGGAUGUUAAAGGAAAUACUCUAUUAAAAAGGCCACAGUAAUGUAA